AAUAUUUUGAUUUUGCCACUGAUCUUUGUCCAGUGUAUGUGUUGUACGACUCAUAAGUAAGGACUUUUGUGGCAAAAGAUUCUUUUACUUUUCUGUCCAGACAUAAAUAAAAUCUCUAAGAAUUAUGUGCAAUAACAUAUGCAGUAAUACAUUGGAUUAUUAAUUAUGUAAACGUUUCACAAAUACCUCUUCUGGUAUGUCUGGCAAAGGCAAGAAUACAUGCAGCAGUUCUCCUCUUCGGCCACAAGCAGUACAUGACACGAAAUGGUUGAAAAUAGAUUUACAGGAGGCAUUCACUGCCAAUGGAUUGAGUAAAUUUUGGAAUGAACUCGUAAAAGAUGGUGAAGUUGCCAAUAAUUUGAGAUUGGCAAACAAUGGGAAUGAAAAAGAGGAUGUAGUCAAAAACGAGGGUAAUGGGUUGACAAAAUCAAAUGUAUGUGAGGCAAGGGGUAGCACAAGUUGUGCUUGUUCUGGACAUAACACUUUAGAGGAAGAAGGAAAGAACUGCCGAGAUUCAGAUGAAAUAAUCGAUUCCUGGACGUGGGGUGAACAGCCAACAAUCUCAGGUCUAACAGAAGCCGUUCGUUCAUUAAUGACAGAACAAUUGGAGCUAAUCCAUCAAGCCUCAAAAUCAACACCAUCUUCUGUACGAUUGCAUCAAAGACUACUCGUACUUGAGAGAUAUUAUAUUGCAUAUAUAUCUAGUUCUAGUAGUUUGUCUGGGUGUGGUUUUACACAAAAUGAUGAUACGAAGAAUUCUCAGAAAAACACAAAAAAUUCCAGUUUAUUCACGUUUCAUUAUGUUCAACCACAAACUUUGGUUUGAUAAUUCUUCAUAUCAUGUUC